UGUUUUUUUUAAUUUCAACAGUGGUUGGUCGACUGCAAGAGCAAUUCCCUGCUGUAUCUAGAACAUUAGUGAAUAUGGCUUUAGACAGUAGUAACUAUAAUGAAGAUCGUGCCAAACAGUUUCUUUCUGCCAUGACUCCUCAAGAUGGAGCUCGUCCACCAGUUCCUCUGCUUGACCCUGGUAGUAUAGCUGCCCAAAUGGAAUCGAAUCUUCGAGACUCCCCUCCUGUGCCCCCUCCCCGAAGUAGACACACCUCUCAGGACAGUGAUGCAACUUCUGGAUCCCCACGCCACUCAAGCUUAGAGAGGCAUUCCUGGAGAGGUGACGGCUCCAGGGAAGCAACUCCAUCCAAAAGUCCAAGCCGUCAAGCAUCUACAGCAUCUCCUGCCCAUAAAGCUGUCACAGUUACCCCAACUGAAAGAAAAUCUAGGCCAAAAUUUAAAUUUUUUGAAAUUCUGAAAUUCUCAAAAGCAACAAGUACUCGCAACGAUUUUGAAAAUGUUUCUGUCUAUCGCACUCGAGCACGUGGGCCUGAUCCUUCUCUAAGGAAAGGACCCUGUCAAAAUUUGCUUUUGAAAGAAUACAUUCCUACAACUGGUCCUGAUCCAAAAAAUUACAAAGGUCCUAAUACUUCACUUCUCCGUGGUCCUGAUCCUAGCAAUUUGAGUUCCAAAUUUGAAAGUCGUGCAAAAGGUCCUCAGAGAGACCUGCACAGGGGGCCAUUCAAGCACUCUAAAAUGUCCGCAGCAACAUCCCAAGAGGUGGAAACUGAAGCUGAUAAUUCACGAUCGAGUUAGAUUCCUCCUGCCAAAUAAGUCAUUAAAGAAAAAAACUUUUACUAAGCGCACCCUAUCUCAUAA